AUGGCUGGAGGUCUUGAAGGUGAAGACACGCACCGUGAUCCCCGGCGCUGCCCGGGUGCCGAGAACAGUCACAGACGUGUGUUAGGAAUCCUGCCUCUGGACUCCCCUAUUUCCCCUCAGGUGACCGUGAUGACCGUGGCGGCCGUGCUGGUGUCCGUGGCUGCCGCCCUCCCGUCCGACUCCUACCAUCAGCCUCAGGUUUACAAGGAGGAGCCGAGGCCGUACUCUUUCGCGUACGGCGUCAAGGAUGACUACGCCGGCACCAACUUCGGCCAGAACGAAAAGUCAGACGGAAACACCGUCAAGGGCUCCUACACCGUCCAUCUUCCCGACGGUCGCAAACAGACGGUGAACUACGUAGCCGACCACUACAAUGGGUUCCAAGCGGACGUCCAGUACUACGGCCAGGCCCAGUACCCCAGCCAGUACUCUCCUCCCGUCACCUACCGGCCCCAGUACGGAUACCAGCCGGCACCCUCCUACCACUAG